GCGCCAUCUACCGACCACUGACGAGCAACGCAACAACACUGAGAACAAACAUGGCGGCCUCCACGAUCACCCUCUCCCCCGACAUUCCCACUUUAUUCAACCAAUAAACUCACAUAUCAGCAAACAAGUUGCGCGAGACGGAGCGUAACCAUCGAAAAUAAGUCAUGUCCAGGCUGGCCGUGGUUUGUGGCGGCUCCAGGGGCAUCGGGAAGGCUGUGUGCCGCCUCCUGGCAGAGAGGGGCUGCAGGUUGGCUGUGGUCUCCAGGAACGAAGCUGCUGCUCGGGCCGCUGCGGCAUCGCUGCACGGAGAUGACCACGUGGCUUUCAGCUGUGACGUUUCCAAAGAGCAGGAGGUGCAGAAAACCUUUGAAUCGAUCCAGAAGACCUGUGGGAACAUCUCUUAUCUUGUGAACGCAGCUGCCAUCAACAGGGACGCCCUGUUACUGAGGACGAAACCAGAGGACAUGGUGACUCUGCUUCACACCAACCUGCUGGGCUCCAUGUUGACCUGCAGGGCUGCUCUGCGCAGCAUGCUGCACACACAGGGGGCGGCUAUCGUUAACAUAGGCUCUGUUGUGGGCUUAAAAGGGAAUGCUGGCCAGUGCGUCUACAGCGCCAGUAAAGCUGGUCUAGAGGGCUUCACUCGCUCCCUGGCUAAAGAAGUCGCGUCACGCAAUAUCAGAGUCAACCUGCUGGCUCCAGGUUUCAUCCGUACCGACAUGACCGCGGGGCUGAGGGAAGAGGACGGGGUGCGCUCCAUCCCUCUGGGGAGGUUUGGCGAGCCGGAGGAGGUGGCCCAUGCUGUCCUCUUCCUGCUGGAGUCAGCCUAUGUCACAGGACAGGUGCUGGAGGUGGAUGGAGGGCUGCAGCUGGCCAUGUAGGGAGAGGAGCUGCUGCUGCACGACUCAGGACAAGAACAGGGAGGCAGGUGAACACAGGACUCCGGACAUAGAAGCUGAAGGGACAAUUGGUUCUUUGUUACUCAUGACUGUGGGGCAUCGGAUUAAUUAAAAUCAAAGUUUUUGCACUUAAAAAAACGUUCAGUUGAAUGUUUCUGGUCGUGUUAAAAAGAGUUGGGGGUUGUUGUUUUUUUUUCUGCGCUGCCUUUGGAGUAAAGAAAACAUUACGAAGACACAUCUGCCUCAGGCCACUGUCCUGCUGCUCUCUGCCUUUCUGCUGACUCACUCCGUCCGGCCCCAGCGUGGCCUGAUAUGUGACAGUCGAUCAUGACUAACGCUGCUGACUCCAGAGUGUCUGGCCUGGUCCAGACCUCCGGCCCCCUGGGGUCCUAAAUGUGAUCUGUACAUUUAACACUUUCCAUGACUGUAAAACGUCCGCCUCUGAUGGUGACGCUCAGGUCUUGUUUCUCCCCCCCCCCCCCACGGCCGCCACAUGCUUCCCCCCAGGCCCCCCUGAGCCCACCUCUGGGACGGGGGAGGGGGGAGGGGGGGCCCUGUCGAGGGGCCAGGCAUGCUGGGCUGCAGCUGGAGGAAAUUAAGAGCUGGAGGUGGAGGUGGGUGUGUAUUUUUAACUCUGGGAAUGUUUCGAGUGUCCGGUUACAGCGCUGGACCUGAUGGAUGGGGUUGGAGGUGACUGUCAUGCUCACCGAUGAGAUUCGCUGGUCGCUUUCAUUAAAACAUGAUGUUUGCAUGAACGUCCUAAUCGCGGCUGCGAAGAGCACCAGCGAUCGCGCCCGUUCUCUCGCAAGCGUCCUGAACGCUGCCUGCCCUCCCGAAGGCCCGCAUUUACACUGCACCCAUUAGCAUUCUUAGCAAGAACGGUAUUUCCACUGUGACUGAUCAUGUGUUUUUUGGCAUUGUCGUAUUGUUUUAGGAGGAGCCUGCCAGUCUAUAAAAACAUUUCACGCUGUCUCCGAAGAGUUUGAUUUUUAUUAACUUUCAUAACCUAAAAUAAUAUCAGGAGAACAAUCCAUAUACAGGCUUUGAUUGGCAUAGAAAUGUGCUAACACGGGAGGUGUCAGCUGAUGCAAGCUCUGAACAGACAGAAAAAAGAUGAAAAGGAUCAUCACAGAGGAGACAGAAAUUGUAGAUAUAAAUAUACCUUGAGUGCUUACUACCCCCUGAAUACUGAAAUAAGAGGCUGUGUUUUUUUAUACAUCCCGGUAAAAGUUGUUUGGCACCAUACAAGUGUCCAAAAAUAACAUGCAAAGAAACUGUGAUUUAAGGCAGUAAAUAUACUUAUAAAACCUCACGAUACAGACAGGCUGGUUCUUAUGAGUGCACAGAAGGCUGCAGAUAGGAUUUAUGCCAAGGCUGACGGGAAGGUAAAUCUUUAGUUUUCAUACAAAAAUAAAAUGGAUAAUCUGUGACACGUGUGACAAACCUUUCACAGCACCCUUUCUCCAGUGAGAACAUUUCAAGUCACACUACUAAAAAUAAACCAUAGAAGAAGAAGGAAUAAAUCACCAACAAAUGACCCACGGUUGCUAACAUCUUUUUGCCCAUAUCACUGCUUUGAAUCAUCUCCUCUACCAACCACUCACAUCCCUCUGUCAACCUGCUUCAUCCGCCAUUCUCACCACAUCGUUCUGUUCGUUCCAACUUUCCUUAAGUUCUGCCACUCACACGCAAACCUCAUUUCUUCUUCUUAAAAAAAAAAAAAAAAAAACCAACAACAUACCGUUUGUAAGGCCCGGCCUUGUCCAAUAUCUCUAAGCUAA